AUGUACUUUAAGAGGAAGUACGGCGGCCCAAUCAAGAAGGACCCGGAUGCCGAGUUCGGUCCACAGUACCAUGGGCCGAAGGGAACCGGCGGAAUCCAGCGAUCGUCCCGGUUGGGAUUCCCCAAGUGGGGUCAGCAGCGCGUCAUCCCAAAGCUCAGCGGUGGCUCCUACGAGUAUCGAAAGAACAUGAUGAGGAAUCUCACAACCCAUCUCAUCCGCCUCGGCCGCAUCAAGACCACACGUGCGAAAGCUGAGGCGCUGACCCACUUCGUGGACCGCAUGAUCGUCCUGGCCAAACGAGGAGACGACCUGAGCCGACGUGAGGCCGGCGAGUGGCUCUACGACCAGAGCUUGGUCGACAACCUCUUCAAGCUGGCACCGGAGCGGUACCCAGAUCAGAACGCAGGGUUCUGCAAAGUCACACGAACCAUGAACAGAAAGGGCGACUGGUCCGAGAUGGCCUACAUCGAGCUGAUGUGA